CAUCCUGCCACCCACCCACACCUGUCCAAGACCAGAUACACCGAGCAACCUCCUCUUGAUUUAAAAAGACCAGAAGGCUGAAAGGAACCGCAAACCAAAAACCUACGAUAGACACAGUCGCAAUGACAGAAGUGACGGCACCAGCACCAACGGGCACAGAUACGAAGCCCAGUGUUCUAAUCAUAGGAGGCCUAGGCUUCAUAGGACGUUUUCUAGCGAAAUACAUUCACACAAACAACCUCGCAUCCGAAAUUCGAAUAGUGGAUAAGCAAUUACCGCAGCUAGCGUGGCUUGCGCCGGAAUUUACUGAUGUUUGCACGUUGGAGAGGUUUCAACAGGGUGAUCUCUCACGAGAACAUACAUGUGAAAGGGUGUUUAAUCGACCGGACGGUUCCACAUGGGACUACGUAUUUAAUUGUGGGGGUGACACGAGGUACUCCCAAGACGACGAGAUAUACAAGCAGCGUUCCCUGAAGCUUUCCACCACCGCUGCCAAGGAAGCUGCCAGGAAGGGUGUCAAGUGUUGGGUCGAGAUCAGCACGGGGGCAGUCUACAAGAGUGACCGGGAACCUAGCAAGGAGACCGACAAGCUGAAGCCGUGGUUGAAGCUGGCAAAGUACAAACUGCAAGCGGAGGAUGAACUAAAACAAAUUGAAGGGCUCAACUUGGUCGUCGUGAGAUUGGCGAACGUUUAUGGAGAAUAUUGCUCGAAGGUUAUCGCGACGAUAUUAUGCAUGGCGAGGGUAUAUGCCUAUCUGAAAGAGGAGAUGAAGUGGCUCUGGACGAAGGAUCUACGAACACAUACCGUACACGUAACCGAUAAGAAUUGGGACGAAUCAAUGGGUAGCACGCCGAUAUUCAACGUUGUUGAUCACGGAGACACAUCACAGGGAACCCUCCAAAAACACAUCUCCAACAUCUUUGGCAUCAAGACUGGUUUCCACGGAACAAUUGUCUCGUCGUUUGCUAGACUGAAUCUUGGCUCUGCUGUCGACGAAGAGAACGACGAGAUCCUCCAACCGUGGGGCGACCUGCUCAACGAGGCCGGUAUAACCAGACCCGGCCCCAUAAAUCCGUACCUAGAUAACGAGCUUGUUAAAGACGACGACCUCAGUCUUGAUGGCACACGCUUCGAAAAGGUCACUGGGUUCGGGUACCGCAUGCCGGAGAUAACGGAGGAAGGGCUGCGGGAAGUGAUUGACAGCUAUCGGCGGCUGAAUUGGUGGCCACCGAUGGAGCCGGGGAAUGGGGAGAAUGGGGAGAACGGACAAGCCGUAGUAGCGGAGGCAGCUAGAAGAUGAUUUGCGGGGAGCUUUUUUUUAAUUCCAUUCCCACCUUUUAUCAUAAAUAUCGAGAGAAGUGAGCUUGGUUGGCAGAGGAGGGAAGUCUUUCACCCCCUUUCACCCUCUUCCUCCAUGUAGCGGACUAGAGAGGAAGAAGGAAAAGAAAUAGCUUGUGUUUUCUGUCUUUUCACAUCUCCCGCGUUCUCGAAUUGUAUGAUACAAAAUAUCACCAUCAUUAAA